AUGGUCCAUACUUCCCUCACCAUGCAUCCUCUUGAUCUAGUUGAACUCGACUCCCUCGAAAUCCUCGUCAUAAUCGACAACGAACUCGACCCAAUCUCCCCAUGUCCCAACCCCUCAGUCGUCCAAACCGGCAGCCUGAGGGAUAUUGCCAUAGCCAGCGAGCCACCAUCUUCACCUCGCGCCGAGGCGAUUCGUGAGUUUCGCAUGGACUCUAUCUGUUGUAGCGCGCAUGGGCUCUCUCUCAUGAUCACGGGGACCAAAGGAGAUACCAUGCGCACCAUCCUCUUCGAUACAGGUCCAGAGGAAGCCGCGUUUGAGCGGAAUGCAAAGCGUCUCAAGGCGGAUCUGGCUAAGAUUGAGAUGAUUCGGCUCUCGCACUGGCAUAGGGCUCAUUCGGGUGGAAUGUUGCAGGUCCUGCGUAUGAUCGAUGAGGCGAGGGCGGGGCAUCAGUCGCAGCUGCCUCCUGUCAGUGUUGAUCUCCAUCCGGAUCGACCGAUGUAUAGUGGGAUCAAAGUUCCAGAUGUGCCGCCGUUCUCGAUGGAAGCGGAUCCGACAUUCGAGGAGAUCGAGCAAGUCGGUGGUAAGGUCGUCAAGAGUGACCAGCCACAUACUGUGCUCGAUGAUAUGUUCCUGGUGUCUGGAGAGAUCCCGCGGGUGACUGAGUAUGAGAGAGGCCUGAAGUUCGGGACUCGUCUGCGGAGCCUGGAAAAGGGUUGGGAGGAUGACUCGCUGAUGAAGGAUGAGCGUUUGCUGAUGUGCAAGGUCAAAGAAAAGGGUAUUGUCAUGUUCACUGGAUGCUCGCACGCAGGCGUCGUAAACGCAUCAAGACAUGCGGCGGAGCUGGGCCAAGGAACGCCCCUCUGGGCUGUUAUGGGCGGGUACCACCUUGCAGAUGGUGAGCCAGAGCUUGUCCAGAAGACAGUGUCCGACCUCAAAGCUCUGGACGUGCAAGUCAUGCUGGCAGGGCAUUGUACCGGGUGGCGUGCCAAGUUCGAGAUCCAGAAUCAGAUGCCCGGACGCCAGUGCCAUCUUUCGUAG